AUGGGAACUGCUGAAAACAACAGUGACCUCAAAAAACUCCACGCAGUGGAGCUUAACCUGUGCAACAAGGACAUGAUGGCAGAAGACACAUUUGAUCACAGUAUUAUUUCUGUUGGAGAAGAGGAAGGAGUGGGCAAUUUCCAACGUUCUCUCCCAACACAAGAGUCACUCCGAUCCCCUCGGGGCUCUGUUGUGAGUUUCCAUAACAUCCAGUACUCCAUUAAGCAGUCCAGUGGAUUCCUAUGUAAACGGAAAACUGUGGAAAAGAAGAUCCUUCAUAACGUUUAUGGCAUUAUGAAGCCAGGCUUGAACGCUAUCCUGGGGCCAACGGGGAGCGGCAAAUCUUCUCUCCUAGAUGUGCUGGCUGCCAGGAAGGACCCUGCAGGCCUGUCUGGAGAAGUGCUUAUAGAUGGCAUCCCACAACCUCCAAAUUUCAAGUGCAUCUCAGGAUAUGUUGUGCAGGAUGACGUUGUCAUGGGCACAAUGACGGUGAGGGAGAACCUGCACUUCUCUGCUGCCCUGCGACUCCCCAGCUCCAUCAGUGUUAAAGAGAAAGAAGACCGAGUCACCCAGAUAAUCAGCGAGCUGGGAUUAAGCAAAGUGGCUGACGCUAAGGUGGGAACCGAAUUGAUCCGGGGAGUUUCUGGAGGGGAACGGAAGAGAACCAACAUUGGGAUGGAGCUCAUCACAGAGCCACCAGUCCUUUUUCUGGAUGAGCCAACGACUGGCCUUGAUGCCAGCACAGCCAAUGCAGUCCUCAUCCUCCUGAAGAAGCUCUCAAGAAGAGGGCGAACCAUCAUAUUUUCUAUCCAUCAGCCCCGCUAUUCCAUAUUCAAGCUGUUUGACAGUCUGACGUUACUAGCUUUGGGAAAGGUGCUGUACCAUGGUCCUGCAAAGCAGGCCCUGGAGUACUUUAGUUCUAUUGGAUAUGAAUGUGAACCCUUCAACAAUCCAGCUGAUUUCUUCCUUGAUAUCAUAAAUGGUGAUUCAACGGCUGUGGCAGCAAACAAGGAAGAUCACAGACCUGUGGGCACAGGAAAAGAGGUCAGCAGUGAAAAUGAAGUGGCAGAAGAUAACAUGGACAGCAGUGUGGUAGAUGUGCUGCACCAGAAGUAUCUCAACUCCAGCCUGUACCAGAGCACAAAGGAAGCACUGGCAAAAGUGGAGCUUGGACGGGGAAGCAAGCAGAGAAUAUCCAAGCAGGGACAUGAGAUUACCUAUGCAAAUGGAUUCCUCACCCAGCUGUACUGGGUGUCCAAGCGUUCCCUGAAAAACCUCAUCAGGAACCCACAGGCCUCCAUUGCACAAAUUGCAGUGACCAUAAUUCUAGCCUUGGUUGUGGGGGCUAUCUUUUUCGGUGUAAAAAUGGAUCGAAGUGGCAUUCAGAACCGGGUUGGAUCCUUGUUUUUUGUCACCACAAACCAGUGUUUUUCCAGUGUGUCUGCAAUUGAGCUGUUCAUCAGAGACAAGAAACUAUUCGUCCAUCAGUACACCAGUGGAUAUUACCGUGUGUCUGCCUACUUCCUGGCCUUGAUGAUAGGAGAUCUGCUGCCCAUGAGAACUGCUCCAGCCAUCAUAUUCUCAUGCAUCAGUUACUGGAUGAUUGGAUACCAAGCGGUUGCAGGCCGGUUCUUCUUCUUCAUGCUGACCCUGGUACUGGUUUCCUACACUGCCACAGCCAUGUCUCUGGCUAUCAGUGCUGGGAUGGACGUGGUGGCUGUGGCCAACCUGCUCAUCACUAUUUGUUUUGUCCUGAUGCUUAUCUUUUCAGGCCUCCUAGUAAACCUGCCUUCUGUAAUGGGCUGGCUGAACUGGCUCAAGUACUUCAGCAUCCCCCGAUACGGCCUCACUGUGAGUAGAAAAGAUCUCUACUUCUGCGGUGGGAAGAAUCUAAGCGUUACAGCAUCUGUGGGCGAUGCAGGCAGUUGUCUCCCUGAUAUUUCACGAGAAAUGUGUUCUGGCGAAGCAUACCUGUGCAGCCAAGGAAUCGCACCUACCAACUGGGCGAUGUGGGAAAACAUAGUGGCGCUCUUCUGCAUGACUCUUAUCUUCCUUAUCAUUGCCUAUGCAAAACUCCGGUUUAUGAGAAAGUUCACAUAG